CGAAGCCUUUCAGUUUCAGGUGGGACCCACCCCGCACACCACGACACCGUCUCGAUCCCCCCCUCCUCUCCUCCUCUCGCCGGCGACCCCUCCGCCGCUUCCUUCGCCGGAAUCGAUCGAUCCCAUCCUGCCCAAGCCGCCGCCGAUUUCACCUCACCUUGGUCCUAGGAGGUCGCCAUGGCGGGGAGGCCCAGCAUCCCGACCAACAGCUCUGCGCUCAUCGCCAUCAUCGCCGACGAGGACACGGUGACUGGGUUUUUGUUGGCUGGAGUUGGCAAUGUUGAUCUGAGGAAAAAGACAAAUUAUCUUAUUGUUGAUAACAAAACAACAGUCAAACAAAUUGAAGAUGCGUUUAAGGAGUUCACUACAAGGGAGGACAUUGCAAUUGUACUCAUCAGUCAAUAUGUUGCAAACAUGAUUAGAUUUCUUGUGGAUAGCUACAACAGACCGGUUCCUGCUAUAUUGGAGAUUCCAUCGAAGGAUCAUCCUUAUGACCCAGCACACGAUUCUGUCCUUUCUCGCGUGAAGUACCUAUUUUCCGCUGAAUCAGUGGCGUCAGAUAGGCGAUGAGAACUGGUUAUGUCCAUGCAACAUGGGAGAGCUACUCGGAGCAUUUACCCUUUGAAAUUGUUAUUCAUUUUGUGCCUAUUGUAAACACUAUUUUGUUUCAAUAAUGAGAUGUCGACCAACCAGUUGAAUUACAGCAAAAAUAAAGACGACGUUCAUGUUGUGUUUUCAUGUUUGUGAAUCUGUUCGGUGCUUCUGUGAUUA